AUGCCUUGCAAAUUGUCCCUCGAGGACGAAGAACACAUGAGACGAAACGCCCAGCGUGUAAAACUGAAGCAGCAGUUCUCAAGCUCAUCGAUGACUUCACGUCCACAAACUAAACUGCCCUUCGCCUGGGCCCCUGGGCCAAGAAAAGCAAUCACCCGGGAAUAUUCAAUCUUGGAAAGCGAUUCAGAAAUUGAAGACUUCCAAAGACUUACUCUACCUGACAAACGCUUCAACGUCUAUUCUCAAGGAAUCCACCCAGGCCGAAGAUCUGUUCGACUUGCACUCCAUCGCCCAUCCUUCGCUCUGAAGCAGAUCGAUGAAGCAAAGAGCAACGACUUACAGGAUGAUGAGGUUGAAGGAGGAAGUGGCAAUGCUCAAGAAAAGGGAAAGGGAGAGAUGAAAGAGAUGACUGAUGUAGAGAAACAUGUUCAAAAAGGUAUCACAGCUCCUCAAGACGAAGAUGAUAUGACCGUCUGGCAGCUGGGAUUCCUCAAUCUCUCUAGGGCUAUUCAUGAACAUCGAGAGAUCGACAAUUCCUUCCUCAAGCUAGAUCUCAACCUCAAAGUACGAGAUUACCGAGCAGCUCAAGCGAGUGGUAAUGGCGGAUCAACAGCCAUAAUCGAAGCUUUUCCAAAUCAUGAAGCUGAGGAAGAAGUGAGUACAGCUUCGGAAGUUCAGAAGCAGAUUGAAGGACGGGACCAUGAUAAGCCAGGAUCAAGAGGUGAGGAACAAGUAAGAUCGACAGCAGUAAAAGACAGAGGUGAUGACGAAGUGGUUAUCGAGGUUCAAAUUGGUAGAGGUGAAGUAUCAGAGAUCGUCCUAGACUUGUCGGCGAUGGAAGCCAGGCGAGUCAAGGUUAGAGUAAAAAGGAGCGAAUAA